UUGGUCUCUCUCUCUUUGUUUAGCUAGAGUUAGAAGGCUCUACAUAGACCUACUUAUAGGUACUAACCUGUAUUGAGUCUUUUGUAAACAUAAGAUAUCAGCUUUCCUUUUCCUCUCCCGAUUCCCUGACGGUGCCUUGUUGAGAUGAGCACUAAGCUUACCACUACAGGUGCUACAAUCCCUCCCGGUCUCACGGAGCUACUGGAAGAAUUUGCUGUCACUGUCCUACGCGAGCAUCCGACUGACCUAGUCUCCUUUGCCGCCUCAUACUUUACCAACCUGAGAGAAGAGAACGCCCGGAACAGCUCCUCCUCUCAAAAAGGUUCGCAACGUGCUGGACCGGCCCCCAACUCUGAAGAAAACCAAAUGGAGUCUGAAAGCAUGGCCACUGACACUCCAGCACCGAGAGAGAUGGGGGAAAAUGAUUCUGAUGACGAUGACUUGCCAUCUGAUGAUUACAGAACUGCCAUGGCUUACAGGCGUCGCUCUGUCUUUGCCGAAGCAUAUGUACCAGGAGGCGAUGAGGAAACUGAUAAAAUUGUUCAUCCAAAAACUGAUGAACAAAGGCGCCGACUUGUUGAAGCUGUCAAGAAAAUAUUUCUCUUCAAGUCCUUAGAUCAAGAGCAGCUCAAUGAAGUUCUUGAUGCCAUGUUUGAGAAAGAGGUUGUUCCAGGAGAGAAGAUCAUUGAGCAAGGCGAUGAUGGCGACAAUUUCUAUGUCAUUGAUAGUGGACAGUAUGAUUGUCUACAGACACAACAAAGCGGUGGAGAGCCUAAAUUGGUGUUCCAGUAUGAUGGCCAGGGAUUCUUUGGCGAGUUGGCUUUGAUGUACAAUACCCCUAGGGCUGCUACCGUUAUUGCUACAACUCCUGGCACAAUUUGGGGACUAGACCGUAAGACAUUCAAGAGGAUCCUUUGUGAAUCCACCAGCAAGAAGCGCUCAACUUAUAAGCAGUUUCUUGAAUCUGUUCCUAUGUUGACAUCAUUAGAACCAUAUGAGUUGCUCAAUCUUGCUGAUGCACUUGAAAGGAAGUAUUAUUCUAAUGGCGAUUGUAUCAUCAAAGAGGGUGAUGCAGCUGAUAGUUUCUACAUUGUUGAGAAUGGCAAUGUUGAAAUUACAAGAGAAGAUACUUCUGGUAAGAAGGUAUUCCUUAACUCAUGUACCAGAGGCCAGUACUUUGGAGAACUGGCCCUGCUGACACAUAAGCCCAGAGCUGCUUCAGUUCAUGCAAAAGGAGAUGUUGUUUGUGCUGCACUUGACGUGGGUGCAUUUGAGCGCCUUCUAGGGCCUUGCAUUGACCUCAUGAGACGAAAUAUCUCCAACUAUGAGGAACAGCUGGUUCAGCUUUUUGGAGAAUCGUUUGACAUAUCCGAUGCCAGGUAAAGAGCAGGUGCUGUCCAUCUCCCCUUCGCUCCUUUGUGCACUCUCACACAAGAAAACAAACUGGAUAUUAUUAUUAAUAGUAGUCAUUAUAAUUAUUUAAAUAAUAUUAUCAGAUGGGUUAUUGUUAAGAAUGGUUCUCAUUGCCUUCUUCUUUUGAUGUACCACUUAUCAAUAAUAAUAUUAUAGUUGUUGUUAUUAUUAAUUUAUCUCUCAUUGUGUUACAUAUUUUCAAGUCCUUAAAGUUUUUCUUUGUUUUUGUGCGUGUGUGUUUGUUGUAGUGUAUGAUUAAUGUAGAACAAAAGGAUUUUAUUGUUUCAAAAUAA